UCCCCACUCUGAAGUGACAAGUGGAAUCGUACACAGUCCGCACCACGACGGUUCGCGGACGAAAUUGGUCGCUAGUGCAAGUGCGGAGGGGUGAGGGUCGCGUGAGGCGCGCAGGGUGAGCCCGGGCGGCUGCGCGGCGCACGGCUUGCGGUCGAUAGCGGGCCGGAUCGAUGUGGAGGCCGCCCCCCCCCCCUCGUCCGCCGCCCGCCGUCACCCGCCGCCCAGUCAGCGGGCACCCGCCGCGCGGCCAGCAUCGUACCUCGCCCUUACGACGCGCGGCCGCUUACUGCCACCUGCCGCCUGCCACCUCCCGGUGCGGCGCGACCCCGCCACCUACCUGAUGCUCCCGCACGCUCGGUGGGUGUCGCGGUUACCCUUACAUCGACCUGUCAUCAUCAACUCUUAUUUACAAGAGUUCGUUGGGAAAUAUUUCAGUUUCGACGACGAAGAAGAAUAAUGGAGAGUAGCAGUGGAGUGGGGAGUGUUGCGUCACUCACGAUGGACUGCGAGGACAUGUUCAAGGAGAUAACGAAGAAGUUGUACGGGGAAGAAGCUACCGUGGGAGUGGGUGUAGGUGUUGGUGUGGGUGUGGGUGGCGUUGUGGGCGUGGAGUUCCCGGCGGCCGAGCGCGAUCUGCACGAGGACGAGCUCCGCCCCGAGGAGCACAUCACGGCGUGGGGGCUGGCCGCCCUCAUGCAGAACGGAUUUCCGCCCCCCGGCAUUCUUCAGGCAAAUUUUACUCCACGGAUUGACCCGACCGCCGAAGAUCGCUGGACGGCCGCCGAGGAGCCUCUGGCGUGGGCGCACUCACGCAUCGCGGCCUACAACCCGGCCCAGCGGCUAUUCAAGUGCACCGAGUGUGAAUGCGUGGGCUUCUUGGCGCGCGUGGCUGAGCACUGGCUGGGCACGCACUCCCAAGCACGCGCCUUUUCCUGUCCGCUAGCUGGCUGUGGUUUUAACAGCGGUUGGGCGCGAGCCGUGCGGCAGCAUCUGGCGCGCGACCACCACUCCGACCCAGCCGCCGCUGACCACCUGCUGCGCGACAACCCCGCACUCGACGACCUCACGCGCUAUUUGCAGCGCCUCAAGAACAAGGUGGAGACGGCCCGCACCGAGCGACGGGCGGCCCCUGAGUCGGUCGACGGCGGUGGAUCGGCCGAGGGCGGCGGAGGGUCACCCGAGGCCGGCAAGCGGUACGUGUGCGGUGCCUGUCCGUACGCUACUGACCGCCGAGACCUGUUUACCCGACACGAGAACAUCCACCGCGACGAGAAGCCAUUUCAUUGCUACCUGUGUCAGAAGCAGUUCAACCGCGCUGACCAUGUCAAGAAACACUUUCUGAGGAUGCACCGCGAGCAGCCCUACGAUCUGAACCGCAUCCGUCGCGCAUCCGCUAAGGGCCAGGUGGCGGGCGUGGCUGUGUCGAGUGGUGGUACAGGAGGGGCGCUCUCGUCGCUGGCAGGUCCACCAGUCCCCGGCCCCCCACCAGCUGCCGCGCAGCACUGCCGCUCCCCACCGGUCAAGAUGGAGCGGGUGCCGCUUGCGAAGGCGGAGAGCGCGACGCCCACGCCACACAAGUCGUCAAGUCCGGUUCAUAGAAAGGCGGGCGAGAGACGCUACGCGUGCUGCUACUGCUCGUGGUCAGGGGUGGACAACUGGUGCCUCAAGCGGCACCUCAACACGCACCUCAAACCCUUCGCGUGCGCGCUGUGCGAGUACAAGGCGGCGCGCGCCGAACGCCUCGCCACACACGUGCACAAAGUGCAUAACAAGAAGGCAUGCGGCAAAUGUCCUUUCCUCGCCGACGAUCAUAACCAGCUCGCACUGCACCUCCGCGACGCCCAUCAUAUCGAGAGUCGCAACAUAAAGGUUCCGACGGGUGUGGGUCGAGGCGGCGGCUUCUCCAGCACGCAGCAACAGCAACAGCCGCAGCCGCAGCAACAGCAACAGCAACAAAGCGGCGCCGCACAGGGCAUGGCGAAUGCGAGCGUAGGCGGGGCUGCGGGCAACAGCAACGCGCGGCGUGCACGAGAAGGUCGCGCGGCGGGUGCAGCGCGGCUGUUCGGAUACCUGGAGGCGUCUGACGGCUCCGGCGACGAGUACGAACCGCCACCACUCGGCGAGUUUACGCAACAACACUUCACGCGCGACAAGGAGAACGCGGCACCGGCAGGGCCUGCGCCCCCCGCGGCUCCCACAGCCCCUGCGCCAACCGCGCCAGGUCCCGCCGCCGCCUUGCACCACUCGCUACACCACGAUCACUGCAUGCGGUACUAGUGCCUCACGACCGUUGAUGACAAUGAUGGAGAGCAACCAUAGUGUAUAUUAUAAAAAAAUAUUGUAAUGUUGAAGUUAGUUGUUAGGUACUAAAGCUAUGGUCGUAGACUUGUCGCCAUCGCGACCGCCGACGGCGCCACCCCAGUGCUUGCUAAAGCACCGCCACACCGCGCCAAUAUAAGUUGUUCUUUCACAAGAUUUUAUUAUAAAGUUUGUUUGGUUGUAUAGAUAUUAUUGGAAAAUAAAGAAUUAUUAAUACAAAAACAGUAAAUGUUACGUUUAUACCUA